AUGGAACGAGUACUGCAUCCCGACGACAUUGUCUACAAUAGGGCAGACUCGAAGCAGCUCGCUGUCGUGGAACGGACACACGAUGACAUCGAGACACACCAACCAUUUCCUGGCAGGACGGAGCAGGAGCCGAUCAAGCACGAUCGCAGCAUAUCACAUGUCGUGUUUCGGCGCUUCAUGAAAGAUGGAGUGCCACCAAAGGAUAUGGUGCUCGUGCGAUGGCAACUCGAAACGACCAUGGAACUCUUACCAACAUCCAAAGUCGCGCUUCUCGAUCGGUCGUUGUUGAUCGGAGACAUUGUCAAAAGAUCGACGCAAGAUGCCAUGAGUGGUGUCGUUCUAAACACUUUCACGAAGUGCACGCUUCAGCCUAUGUGCGACAUUACAUAUCAAGGGUCCAAAAAGCUCAAAGGUAUAUUACCUCCCGGUAAGUGGCAACCGGGCGACCCGUUCUGCGUAUACCCAAGCGACAAGCCUCAUGCUUUGGUGGACAUCCCCGCUUCGGAAUUACAGUAUGUGGAAGCGCCUGCAGAAGACGACCUAGUCAUUUACAACGACUGGAUCGGCCGCGUUGAAGCAGUCACGAACCAAAUACGCAUCAAGCUGGCCGACAACUGCGUCGUCGAGCUCAUGGACGAGCUAGGGGAACACGCAGACGGUACCAUGGGCUCGUUCUUCAUCGGUGACAUUGCAAAGGCCAAGAAAGGACAACUUCGUAUGGGUAAAUGGAUCUUUGGCCAAUAUAACCCCAAUACGAGCCCCGUCGGUACAGUCGUCAGCGUCAGAACUGUGACCGCAGAGGUCACCUGGCUUCAGAAGCGCAUCGGCUGCCGGGAUGGCCAGGAGCCACCAUUCACGCUUGAGUCGACGGAACUGGAGUCUCAGUACUUCCAGGUAUACGAUCGGUCACGAAGACCUCGAGAAUCUACAAGUACCACGGUGUCGAACUCGGAGAUCGACGUGAGGCUCAACCUGCGCGUCCGAUUCAACGAUUUGACAGGCGCUUGCCUGAAGUACAGCGGCACAUCAAGCACGAACCACCUGCCGAAGCUCGAUCGCAGCGACCACCUCGGCUACGAUAUCAACGUGUUCGACAUCACGAGCUUUCGGACUGACGUAACGGUGCAAUGGCAGGAUCUUAGCAUUACUACUGAGUCUAGUGUCGACCUAGUUCUGGACCCAACCAUAGAGGACGAGCAUGCGGCAUGGCCCGGCGAAGUAUGCCAUACCCUCGGCCUACAGCCAGUCGACGGCAUGAACAAUGUAGAGCAGCCGGAGCGAGUUGGCGUGGUGCAGUCUGUACAAGCUGCUGACCGAAUGGCAAAGGUCCGUUGGUGUCCUGGCUCGUACAUUCACUACUCACGAGGUCCUGACGAUGAGAAUGCUCCAGCGCCGGUGCUUGCUCACGAGAUUCGUGCUUCAAGUGAAGUUGAAGAGGAAAUUAGUCUUUACGACAUCGAAGCGCCUGGCUCUCUCAACGUUCGCAGGGGCGAUGUCGUCCUUGUUGCCGAGUAUCGCCACAGUCUACCGCCGACACGACCGCAAGACAACACAUGGCUGGGCGAGAUUGUGGAUACUCCUUUGGAUGGCACGCUGGUCGUCAGACUCGGGGCAGCAGCUGAAGUACGAGACAUAGUACUGACACGCGAAGAGGCAAUAGUAGCGGUACGUUCCGACGGCACUGGAGAUGUUGAUGCGUGGGACAACGGGAUGGACGAAGACUUUGAAGAUGAGGACGAUUUCGACUCGGAGUAUGAUUCUGAACUUGACGACGAUGAGUAUGACAGCGAACUCGAGGCGGACAUGGCAGCAGUUACUGCGACUUAUGAGGACGAGCUAGGGAGGCCUCUCGAUGAAGACGAAGUAGAGGAUGAUGACUGGGAGUCAGCUGAAGAAGACCAUGACGACGACGAUGUCGACAUGCAAGACGCGCCAGGUCACCAGACACCACCAACCUCGCACUCAGUCACGCCUGCCGACAGCUUUGAACCGCAGGCCACGCCGCGGACUGCAUCCAAGGGCGAGGCAGCACUGAGUACUGAGGCGCCGACGGCCUAUGCCAUUCUUGAUGGCGACGUCCCCUCAGAUCACCAUUACCACAACGAGCCAUCAACAUCUAGCGCUGUUCACAUGAAGCGCACACAGAAAGAGCACAAGAUUCUUCGCAAUCCCAGCACACUCCCACAGGGGGUCUACAUCCGAAGCUGGGAAACGCGACUUGAUCUUCUCCGUGUCCUGCUUGUCGGUCCAACUGAGACACCUUACGAGAACGCGCCGUUCGUGGUCGACUUUUACCUGCCACCGACCUUCCCAUCGGACCCACCACAGGCAUUCUUCCAUUCAUGGCCAGCGCUCGCAAAGAUUGGCGCCAUUGGUCGUGUCAAUCCGAAUCUCUACGAAGACGGUAAGAUCUGCCUGAGUCUGUUGGGAACGUGGGAUGGCAACAAACUGGAGGCAUGGAAUGCUGCAAGAAGCACAUUGCUCCAGGUGAUCGUCUCUUUGCUGGGCUUGGUACUGGUACGAGAACCGUACUACAAUGAAGCUGGCUAUGAGGCGCUGGUUGGCAGCGAAGCUAGCAAACGACCAAGCGCGCUGUACAGCGAGCGCAUCUUCCUGCGUUCAAAGGGCUUUCUGAUAACAGCAUUGGCCAACACCGAUACUGCUUCCGGCCUGAAGGGUCUCGAGGAUGUCAUCGGCUGGCUAUAUCGACACUCCGCAGGACCAAAGUUGUUGGACGAGGCCGUGAAGACAGUUGAAGAGGUGUUGCGGAGGAGUGAGGGCGGCGGAGCGGAACCUGAUGGACUGACAGUGAUGUCUCGAGGUGCCAGCGUGUCGCUCAGGCGUGCGCUCACCAGACUGCAAGAGCUGCAAGCACAGUCUUCGUGA